AGCCCUCAGCACAUAUUCGUUUAUUUUUCAUUUGUGGACUGCCCUUAACAAUCCGAACGCCGCCCGAUCCAUUUGCUAAACGUGCAGAGAAAAGAAAAACAAAAAAAAAAAAAAAUCCCGUCCAAGCCUUCGACAGCAGCACAAGUAGCCGCGGGCAGCGUCGCAAGUACCGGCACUGAGAUGUGGAAUUUCAUCAGGAGGCGCGACCCGAAUAUUCAUUUCGAACGUCUACUUAAACCACUCAUUAGCCACCGCCAUUUCAGAACCCGCGCCGUUGAUCGACAGAACGCAUCCCCUACCGGUCUCUACGGUUUCGAUCAUUUGAAGUCCCCUAAAGGUUUCCAACGGUUUGUCGAUGACGCCAUUGAAAGGUCCGGGGAGCUGGUUGAUUAUAUAGCUGGCAUGCCAUCUUCGGCUGAAAUCAUCCGAGCCAUGGAUGAGAUUUCGGACACAGUCUGUUCUGUUGUUGAUUCCGCAGAACUAUGCAGACAAACUCAUCCGGCUAGAGGAUUUGUCCAGGAGGCUAACAAAGCGUCGAUGAGAAUUAAUGAAUAUCUACAUUUUCUUAAUACAAAUCAUACUCUUUAUAAUGCGGUGAAAAAGGCAGAGCAAGAUGGUCAUUUGCUUACAGAGGAAGCUCAUAGAGCUGCUCUCCACUUACGUAUUGACUUUGAGAAGGGUGGCAUUCAUCUCCCUUCUGGAAAAUUAGAUAGAGUGAAUCAGCUAAAUCUAAAUGCUCUUCAGCUAUGCAGGGAGUAUGGUGAAAAUAUUAUUACUGACCCAGGUCAUGUGGAUAUAUUCCCAGCAUCAUGCAUCCCAAGACAAAUACAACAUCUCCUUAAGCCUAUCUAUCGCCUAAAAUCCGGAGUGUCAAAGGAUUCAUUAGGCUCAUUAGAUGAUGAACAAGCAAAGGGUUUCCAGAUCAUAACAGAGCCACGUACUCUAUUCUCCGUUUUACAAUUGACAGCAGAUGAUCAGGUUAGGAAAAUGGCAUAUUUGAAAGGUAACUCUGUCCCGCAUGCAAACCACGAAGUUCUUGAUAAACUUAUAGCUUCUAGACAUGAGCUUGCUCAGAUAAUGGGGUGUAAAUCCUAUGCUGAAUUUGUAAUGAAACUAAACAUGGCUUCAUCACCAGAGGUGGUAAUUUCUUUUUUGCUUGAGAUGAGCAAUAUGGUCAAACCAAGUGCUGACAAGGAGUUUAAGACAAUUAGAAAUUUGAAGAGAGAUGUAUGUGGUCAAAGAUGUGUAGAUCUAGAACCUUGGGAUGAGCCAUACUAUACGGCAAUGAUAAAGUCUUCUGCCUACAAUUUGGACUCCUCUGUUGUGGCAUCAUAUUUCUCUCUGCCACAGUGUAUUGAGGGCUUGAAACUGCUGGUAAAGUCACUAUUUGGUGCAAACUUUGAUAGCAUUCCCAUGGCACCUGGUGAAUCAUGGCACCCUGAUGUGCUUAAAAUGUGCCUUCAUCAUCCUGAAGAGGGUGACCUAGGGUAUCUGUACCUUGAUCUGUACUCGAGGAAAGGCAAAUAUCCAGGCUGUGCCACUUUUGCAAUUAAAGGGGGACGAGAAAUUUCUGACACCGAAUAUCAACUCCCUGUUAUGGCCCUUGUUUUUAAUUUUUCAAGGCCUCAUGAUUCAUCAACUGUGCGGCUUAAUCAUGGUGAACUGGAAACUUUAUUUCAUGAGUUCGGACAUGCUCUUCAUGCAUUGCUCUCAAGAACGGAUUACCAACAUUUUUCAGGCACUAGGGUGGCUCUUGACUUUGCUGAGACACCUUCGAACCUAUUUGAGUACUAUGCUCGGGAUUACCGAGUUCUGAGGAAAUUUGCUAGACAUUAUUCAACUGGAGAAGUGAUACCUGAGAAGUUGGUUAAGUCACUGAAUGGUGCAAGAGACAUGUUUGCAGCAACUGAAUUGCAACGUCAGAUAUUUUAUGCUUUGGUUGACCAAACACUUUUUGGGGAUCGGUUACCUGAGCCAAGAGAUACUUGUUCUAUUGUUGCACAUUUGAAAAGACAACACAGCAAUGAGAAGCAUGUGGAGGGUACACAUAUGCAGAUACGAUUUAGUCACUUUCUCACCUAUGGUGCUGGUUAUUACAGCUACUUGUAUGCCAAGUGCUUUGCUGCAACUAUAUGGAAGAAGCUAUGCCAAGAGGAUCCUCUGUCACUUGCAACCGGAACUGCACUCAGAACAAAACUUUUGCAGCAUGGAGGAGCCAAAGAACCGGCUGAUUUGUUGACUGAUCUAGUGGGGGAUGGCAUUAUAAGGUAUCAUAAUGGAGGGAUAGUUCCUGAUAUCACAAGUUGUUUGGAAGAAAUGAAGCUGUCGGGCGAAAGGAGUUUAUAUUAUUGAUUUUUUUUUUUUAGCAG